AUGGCUUCAGAGCAAGCGCAGCUUCAGAGAAAUUUACAAAAUCGCCGCUCUACUAUCAACUAUCUAUCCAAGGGUGUAGAGGACAACAAAACAUUCCCAUUUUCUCAGGAGAAAACAGUCAAAGCUUGGAGCUCUCUGGAGAAUCUUGACAGUCCUGGCAUCAAAGCAGAGUGCCCUAAAGCUGAGGAGAGACCUAAACGGCAGCAGAGCAUCAAUGUUAAUGUUGGAGGGAAAGUGUUUCAUAUCCCUACACAGUGUGUCAUUAAAUAUCCUAACACCCGGAUAGGCUCCUUAGCUCUCUGCCGGGACAGAGCAAAACUCCUCACACUAUGUGACGACUACUCAGUGCGCAAGAAUGAGUUCUUCUUUGACCAUGACCCUGCCUUCUUCCACCACAUCUACCAUUUCUACACAAGUGGAGUGUUGUGGAUCAUACGGGAAAUGUGCCCCAUCAACUUUGAGGAGGAAAUUGCAUACUGGGGUCUGAGCAUGAAGGACACUCAGCGCUGCUGCUCUAUAAUGUUCGAAGAGAAGGUGGAUGAGGUGAAGGACGACCUGAAGGUGGAGAAGGAGCUCAUGGCCGAGAUUGAGGUGAAUUACAACGAUGACUGUUUCAAGGACAUGAUAUUUGGGGAUUUGAGGAAGAGUCUGUGGAACGUUGUGGAGGAUCCAUACUCUUCACCUCUGGCAAAGGCUUUCACCGUGCUCUCUAACCUUUCUUUGCUCUUCUCCGUCAUGGCGAUGACCCUCAGCACUGUGGAGGAACUUCAAAUAUAUAGAAUUAACGGCAAAACGCACAUGGAAUGGGUGGAGAUCAUCACCAUUGUUUUCUUUGCCUUUGAAUAUUUAAUUCGCCUUGUCAGCACUCCUAACAUCAUAAUGUUUUUCAAGAGUGGACUCAACUUUGUGGACAUGGUGGCGGUCAUGCCUUAUCUCCUUCAGAUCAUCUUCACAUCCUUCACUGACACCGGGGACGUGAACGGACAGGAAGACCUCAGGGUCAUAUCUCAGGCCAGCAACAUAAGUCAUGUCCUCAAAGGGGUCAAGCUGAUGAGGGUCUUUCGGAUUUUUAAGCUGGCUCGACACUCAACCGGCAUGAGAGCAUUUGGGUUCACUCUGCGGCAGUGUUACCAGCAAGCCUCUUGCCUUCUCCUUUUUAUUGCCAUGGGAAUCUUCACUUUCUCGGAACUCAUGCAUUCGGCCGAGAGGGAAACUGAGGGAUCUUCCAUCAGCAGUAUCCCAGAUGCCUGGUGGUGGGCUGCAGUCAGCAUCUCUACUGUGGGCUAUGGGGAUGUGGUUCCUGUAACUAUCCUGGGACGCAUUGUGGCCUUUUGCUGCAUCUCAUUUGGUAUCAUCCUGAAUGGCAUGCCGAUCUCCUUCCUUUUUAAUAAGUUCUCUGACUACUAUGCCAAGCUGAAGGCCCAGGAGUACAACACUAGCUCAGUGAAGCGACGCGUUCAUCUUAAGAAGCGCCUCCAACGCAGAAUGGACAUGUGUUACCAUCCCUCAGAGGAAGACAACAGUACAGUCAGCCACUGUGAGUGCCCACACUGAGUGACUUUUAAAAUGCCAUGAUAAGUCACAGGGAUGUCUUCACACGUGACCUGGUGAUUCUGUUAGCUGUACCUGAACACAUAACUGAAUCGGACAAUGCAUAACAGUACAGGAAGAGAAGUAGGAAGAGGAAGUUGAAGUUUGCAUGAAUGUAGGGUGUGAGUGUGGAUGUAAAACAGACACUCAGCCUGUGUAGAUACAUACAGUUUCACUAAGGAGCAGCACUUAAUAAUCAUUAGCAAAGUUAUGGAUUGUAAAAGCAGCAGCAGCAUUUUAACGGGUUGUGACUGUCGCUGGUGGGCGUUGCACUGUGAACUGCUCUUAAUGCUCUCCUGCAACACUUUCGUUAAUUUGUGAAGACAGUUGAUAACCACACUGCAGAAUCGGUUAUUGCAACACUACAGAUACCAGCAGAUACAAGGUUUCCUUCAAAUCUAAAUGUAAACAUUUGGGAAUGGUUUGGAGAAUGAAAAUAGUUUCAGGUUACAAGAAGAUAACUUGAGACAAGGAACACCACUUUUCACUGUUUAGUUUUCCUUUUGGAUGGAAUAGUUUUUUCUUUUAUAAUUUAUCAGGGUUUG